AUGACUACUUGUUCUCAACCAAAUUGUACAAGCUUAGAAUCCCUCAAAGGAUUUGACGAUUAUCUCCGUCAAAUUCGCAAUGUAACGCAGUUCAGAGAAGACCUCCUUGCAAACUGCAGCACAGAAAUAUGUGGUGCAAUCUGGGGAGAAAGUAAUCCGGAUAUAUCUGGUAUUGGAGUGUCUAUCGGAUAUGCGGUGGAGGCAGCUCUCGGCCUGUUCUUUGCUACUGCGCUUUUGAGCAUUCGGCAGAGAAAAGGCCCGCAUUGGGAGUUCGCUCAGUUGGCAUGCGCUGCUGGCUUCGAGGCAUUCUUCGGAUCCGCCAUCUAUUUUGCGAUUUCACUUGAAGUUGCCGCAAUCUAUAUGCUUGUAAACAAAGACUAUGGGAUCUCAACUGCCGGCUUGGGAGCUACUGAGGCGCAGAUAAUCUGGGCGGUCUCCGUCGUCUGCAUUUUACCUUUGUUGUAUCCGAUGGCUCUGUUGUCAACGCAUCUAUACCAUCCUGAGUCUGAGAGACAAAAGCCACCAGAGUCAUCGGAGAGUACCUCGAUCACAUCAGCAGACGUUCGUCUAACCCUGUUUUCUCUGCUCACUGUUUUAUUCUUCUAUCCUUUCCUGUCUCAAUGCAUUCAUAACUGGGGUCCGUCUCGGGUCGGUGAAGGCAAGGGCGCUGAUGGUGAAACGCUGGCGACUGACGAAGAAUGGAAUCAACUUGAAAUUCUGUGCCUCGACUAUGGAAAAAGGCUCUCCGAUGCAGAAAGCAAGUUCUUGGCUGUUUUCGAGCUUGUUUCUUCAGUUUUCAUAAUUCUCUUUGCACUUUGGUUGGCAGUUGCAGCCGGCGCUCGUAGAAUGGCGGCUCAAGACCGAGCUUUCGGCGAGGAAAGAUGUUUGACCAGGUUUUUCCUCCAGUUGCGAAGGCUGGUCAAUCAAUCAUGGAAGAACUACGGCGUUAUUCGAGCAAUCUUGCUCUUGACCCCGACUAUCCUGGUCGUCCCUUUGCUGUGGGGAAUUUUCCGGUUGAGAGAGAUACAAUCCGCUUCGCUUGAGAAAGUGGGUCUUACAUAUACCAGCAAUGAAUGGGGAUUUGGUCAGGUUGUCGGUAUCAUCAUUUUUGCGCCGGUUGUUACAGAUACGGCUUUCGCGGCGUGGGCAGCGAGAUCGUUGCUCAUAGUGUGA